CAUUGGCAAUGCUCAUACAGUAAAUAUUUGUGUUUGCUCAGCCGGCUGUAAUGGUGGAUGACUGAGAGAGGAACCGCAGGAAAAAGGGGGAAAAAAAACUACAAAGACUGAACCCCAGGCUCAACACUAAAUACACGCUUAGAAAAUCCGCUCCGGCAAAUAUGGACGAACUGAAGCACCAAGUAAUGAUAAACCAGUUUGUCCUGACAGCAGGAUGUGCGGCGGACCAGGCGAAGCAGCUUUUACAAGCGGCACAUUGGCAGUUCGAGACUGCACUUAGUGCCUUUUUCCAAGAAACAAAUAUCCCAUACAGCCACCACCAUCAAAUGAUGUGCACUCCGGCCAACACGCCCGCCACGCCCCCCAACUUCCCCGACGCGCUGACCAUGUUCUCCCGCCUCAAAGCCUCCGAAAGCUUCAACGGCAGCAGCGGCAGCUCCGUGGCCACCUCCCCUCCGCCAGGGACCGGGCAACAGGGACUGUGGACACAGGGACAGGCGGUCUCUCAGGCGCCCCCUCCUGGCUGGCCCGCUGCGGUCACUCAGCAAGCCUCCGCUGAACAGAAGGCCAGCGUUGUCAUGGAAGCUGAGAGAUGAGGGCCUGGACACUGGGGGUCUCUCACUAUACUGGGGGUGGCGGGGAGGGGGCUGGACAGUGGAAGGGUUGGGGAGGGGGGUAAGGGGCUGGUGGAUUUUCUGUCCACUUUUACUGGUAGGGAAUCUUGGAAGGUGGGUAUGGGCUCCAAAAUCAAGAAGAGUGAGCAACGUGGACUGUUAAGGGGAACAACCAACACACAGCUACUAAAAGGUAAAGAAAAGAUGCGCACAUUAUUAACUUCAUCACAAAUGCCAUGGGAGGUUUGUUAGGUUCCAUUUGAUCCCUAAAAAUGCAUUAAUGAGAAUUGCAAAUGGAAUUACAAAAGACUCAUGUUACAUCUCAGCCCAGGAUCGCUUCUCGUAUUGUUUGUUAAAUAUGUCUGUGGCCUUGAUUGGCCACACGCUUUUACCAAAACUCACAUCUCACUCCGGAUCUGGUAUCUGUGCCGAAUUUCAGGCCUCCACUGCCAGCAUCUGCGCUGCGUGAGGAGUGUGGCUGUCGGUCACUGAUGAUUAUGUUUCUUGUCACUCUUCAUCCUUAAUGCAUGUAUGGUGUCUUGUCUUUUCACACACCUGCAUACAUACCACUCAAUGAACCAACCCAGACACAUUUUCCACCCCAGUGGCGGAUGGGACACUGCUUACCUCAGCAGUCACCUGACUUUAUUAGCCAAUUAGGGAUCUCAGCUGUUAAUUACAACUUUCAUGAAACUGGGUUUAAAUAAUUACAUCUGAUUUACUUUAUUCAAUAGAAACAUUGCAAUGAAUUUAUGAACAUGGACUUGAAAAAUAAAGUCUUUUUGCAGAAUUAUUCUAAAUCAUGGUUUAUUUUACAUUGGGGGCAUUUACAUUUUUUCCCCCGGGGGAAUGACAAAGUAAGGUCAAUUUUUAAAAGCUACAAAAACAGACUACUAUUAAAGUUUUGAGCAGACUUUACUUUUUUGCAUGAUAUGUUUAAAUGUUUACCGUCUGUUUUAAGCAAACACACAUGCAAAUAUACAUCAGUUUCUCUUGUUUUCCAAUUUACUUUUUAAGAGUAUUACACUUAAAUUUUGAAUAUAUGCUCUUGAAAUGAGGGAAGAUAUUCUACAGGGAGAUGGCGAGCAGAGAUAUGCAAAUUCAGGCUGGGAUUCAUCACAUUUUUUACUGUCCUGUUAUUAAAACAAGUGUUAUGUCAUUUUUCUCUGAAGAGAAGACAGAGUGAACAAUUCAAAUGAGGAUUAAUAUUACUGUCCUUUUGAUCUGAUUUUGUUCAUUUUUAAAUUUUAAAAGAAUUUUCUAAUCAAAAUAUUGUAGGAUCAUCUGUUCCUGAAAGUUUUUUCCAUGUAUGUUUUUUCUCCCUCUAUGACUGUAUUGAUACCAUUCCCACAAUAUUUGUGGACUACCUGAUAAUUAACUUAUCAUAUUUGUGUUUUUAAAUAAAUAUUUUAUGUCCAAA